AUUUUUUAUCGUAAUUGAUUUCUGAUAUACGAAAUAGUAUAUAAAAUUAAAGCGAGUACUGUUUGGUCAUAAUACAUAUACCGGCGCUUGGCUGCUUUGUUCACGAAUAGCAUUCAAGAGACAUUAGUCACGUGGUGUAUUUGAAGUUAUAAAUAACAUCGUCGGCGCCUCGUUGAAUCUCUUUUCCACAGUAAGUUGUGCACAGAGUGGUGCUUGUUUAAUUUUAGUGUAUAGUGAUAAUAAAUUCAGAAUGCCGGAAACAUCGCUUCAUACAAAUGGUUACACCAAUGGUCACAAUUCUUACGAACUAGAAGAUGGCUCAAGUUUCUUAUUUACAUCAGAAUCUGUUGGUGAAGGGCAUCCCGAUAAAAUGUGCGAUCAAAUCAGUGAUGCUAUAUUGGAUGCCCACUUAAAACAAGACCCAAAUGCGAAGGUCGCAUGUGAAACUGUAACAAAAACCGGAAUGAUUUUAUUAUGCGGUGAAAUUACGUCAAAAGCAGUUGUCGAUUAUCAAGCAGUGGUCCGUGAAACAGUUAAACAUAUUGGUUAUGACGACUCAUCAAAAGGUAUGGAUUAUCGAAUGUUGAGCGUUCAAUCUCAUAUCAGUCAACAAAAUACAGAAAUUCAUGCGGGUACAGUUUCGGGAAGAGAUUCUGAUGAUAUAGGUGCAGGGGACCAGGGUUUAAUGUUCGGUUAUGCCACGGAUGAAACAGAAGAAUGUAUGCCACUCACAGUUGUAUUAGCACACAGAUUAAAUCACCGAAUUGCAGAACUUCGAAGAUCGGGUGAAUUUUGGUGGGCAAGGCCUGAUUCAAAAACACAGGUUACAUGUGAAUACGUAUUUGACCAUGGCGCAUGCGUACCACAACGAGUACACACAGUCGUAAUAUCAUUACAACACAGUGAAAAAAUUUCGUUAGAAGAUUUAAGAACAGAAAUUAAAGAAAAAGUAUUAAAAUAUGUCAUUCCUAGUCGUUAUUUGGAUUCCAACACAGUUGUACACAUAAAUCCAUGUGGACUAUUUAUUAUUGGUGGACCACAGGGCGAUGCUGGUCUUACAGGACGUAAGAUAAUUGUAGACACAUAUGGUGGUUGGGGUGCACAUGGGGGUGGUGCAUUCUCCGGAAAAGAUUUUACAAAAGUAGACAGAUCGGCUGCGUAUGCAGCAAGAUGGGUCGCAAAAUCAUUGGUGAAAGCCGGUUUAUGCCGACGCUGUCUUGUACAAGUUGCAUAUGCUAUUGGUGUUGCUGAACCACUUUCCAUUACAGUAUUCGAUUAUGGUACCUCAAAAUUAUCACAAAAAGAGUUAUUGGAUAUAGUGAAUAAGAAUUUCGAUUUAAGACCAGGAAAAAUUGUCAAAGAUUUGAACCUACGCAAUCCAAUAUAUCAAAAAACAAGUACAUACGGACAUUUCGGUAGAGAUGGAUUUUCAUGGGAACAGCCAAAACAAUUAACACUAUGACUACCAAACUCGUUUCCAACGCCGCUGUCUUAACCUCAUAAUGUACUAGAGUAUAAUUAAUCUAUACAAAAUUUGAAACAAAACAAAAUAGUUAAAAAAUCAUUUUAAAAACAAUAAUUGUCUUAUUAUAAUUAUGACAUAAAGACAUUGAUGUCAACCUGUAUAACAACUCCUCCCGUAAAUGUAAAUAGCACGUCGAAAGUUAGUUUAUAGAUUUAUUCAAACGUUUUUUUAGGAAGUAUGAUGUCCUCCUGUAAUUAAAAACAGAAAAGUAAGCACCACUCUAACGUGUUUUUUAGGGUUCUUUAUAUUAGACAAUUACACAUACCUUAUUCUUUUGGUGUUUUAUGCUGGAUUUAUUGACCCACUGCCCAACGUGUGUGGUAUGUGUUGAGAUAAGAAACUGUGGAUUUUAGAAAACGAUCAGAACAAAUUAUAUUUCUGUAGGUCGUCGAAUUUCAAACCAUCUCAUAGUUAGGACAUUAUUUUAGACUGCCAAAUUUUUAGGACAAUUUCAUGUGUGUUUAACUAUGAUAUUGAGUUCGAUGUGAUUUUAUUAUAAUUCUAGAACUCAAAAAUUGAUGACGUUAGUUCUAAUACUGUGAUAGAUUAAGAGCUAAAACAAAUGUUUAUUUGAUCUACAGAAAGAGACAACGAAUUUGUUCUAGUGAUAUUUUGUGUAUGAAUUUAAAAAACAGCAUUUACCUUUUAAACUAUUUGU